AUGUUUUCCCUUCGGCUGCUUGAGCUCAUGCCCAAUUACGGUAUUUGUUGCCGCAAUAAAGAUAGGUUACAUAUAUGCGCCGCUUGUACAUAUUCUACGGCGCUCUUCUUUCUUGCUAUAGUUCAUGUAAUAAUAAAACCUUGGGUAGACAAUAGUCUUUCAUUCGUGGCAAGUGAUCUGCACAACGGUGUCUUAUCUUGUGGAGCAGAAGUUAUUCUUUCAACUUCUUUCUUUCUAUCUAUCUAUCUAUAUAUCUAUCUAUCUAUCUAUCUAUCUAUCUAUCUAUCUAUCUUCCUUUCUAUAUGUCUAGUUCUCUCUCUAUCUCGCCCUCUUCUUCAAAGUACGCAUGUUCGUCCAAAGUUGCAACUUCCGGAGUUGUUAGGCGGCAUGACCAGUACACCUCAACACACACACAUCUAUCUAUCUAUCUAUCUAUCUAUCUAUCUAUCUAUCUAUCUAUCUCUCUCUCUCUCUCUCUAUAUAUAUAUAUAUAUAUAUAUAUAUAUAUAUAUAUGCAAAAACUCACUUAAAAAUGCCAACUUUUGA